AUGGUCACUGCUAUCGAACAUCACAAUCAACAGCAACCGCAGAGUUCGCAGUAUGGAGUCGCCGGGAUCCAAACCUCCAACUUGAAUAGCACUGGCUCGCGUGGACCAAAGUCGCCUCUUGUCAACCUGACUAACAGUCUCACAAGCCCCGGACGUGGUGGUGGAGGUGGUCAAAGUAAAAAGGCAGCAGCAGCUGCCGCCGCCGCCGCCAAGGCAUCCUUGUCGCUCCAAACCAAGAUCUCGGGACAUUCAUCCUCGGCAAAGUCGGAGAGUCCACGCACAGCCAUGUCAUCUCCUGGUGGCGUGGGGAAUUCACCCAUAUUGGAGCGUAUAGGGCGAGGAAUCAAGAGAAGUCGCGAAGAAGAUAUUACCGCUGUCAAGUCAACUGGGCCAACAGAUCUGCUGAAAAAGUACAAGAACAGUCCAGCAUCCUUCGUCAUUCACCUUUACGAGACACACUUUAAGUUUGAGAACCAGGAUGGAGUCUUUUUGUUCAACUCACCUAUGAAGAUCUUUCUGAAGAGUAUACAGGAAAGGCGGUUGCCAUCUGGUCUCUUGGACAUCAUCAAGAGCGCCCAGUGCCCAUACUAUGAAGGUCGUCUCAUUGUGGAAGUCGUCGAUCACAGAGUAAAGGCAACCCAGGACAACAAACCUUCUAAGAAGCGCGUCAUUCUGUCGCCAUCACAGGAAACGCUCUGGGCGGACCUUUCAUUGCUGCACGAAGAAUCGGGAGAGGGCUGGUCAAGUCAAUUGAUGCUGGAUGUCGAAUCAAAAAUUUUGAUUGCUACCGAAGAACCAUUGUGCCUGGACCCAUCGCCAAUGGUCACUGUACUGAGCAACCAGAUAUCAUACCACCAGACAUCAGCCACGCAGCGUACCAGGAAAAAGCGCAAGUGGAACUCCUUGGAACGCGAGCAGGAGGCGGCAAGGAAGGUCGAGGAAGACAAGCUCAUGAGCAUGAUGGACGAGAAAGCACUGGUGGACUUCCAGCCAAACUUUGGCCGGCUCGCAUUUCUCAAGGAGUGGCGUCAAAAGAAGAAGAUGGAAGAGACACAAGUCAUACCAGUACUGGAUCCCAAAAAGUCCAAGGCGAAGCGUCAGGAGAUGUCCGUUUUGCCCGAUGGACGGAAAAUUGUGCGGACGAUUCGCUUCGAACGGGAGGACAAGAAGCGUGGAUACAAAAUGUACUUCAUGUUCAACAUUAUGCAGUGCCCGGAUUUGUCAUUCGAGGCUAUCAUGCGUUAUGGAACGUCACCCGAUUCAGCUGUCAAUGGCGGGAUUCGCAAGUUCCAUUUGGGUCCUGAGCAGUGCGCGGAUGCCUAUGUUCAGAGUUUAAAGUCAAUGUACUUCUCCCCUAACUCCCUUAUCAGCGAGACAACGCCAACAUCCACCAACACCGCACGAGCCAACGCGGCAGCAGCAGCAGCAGCAGCCGCAGCCGCAGCAGCAGCCAACCCACCCGCCAAUGCCGCAGUUGCUACUGCCCCAGUGGCCACAGCUGCUACCCCUACUAUAACGAACGCGACCACCAGUGCAGGACCAGCUGUAGCCAAUGUCGCCGCUCCUGCUGCCAAUGUCGCCAACGCUGCUCCGGUCAACAAUGCAGCCGCCAAUGUAGCAGUUCCCAACACCAACGCCAACACCAACGCCAACACCAACGCCAACGCUGCAUCCGCCCCCCAGACGCGUUAUACCCCUGUACCACAAACACCUCAAAUGGGCGCCAUGCAGUUACCACAGCAACAACCGCAACAACCGCAACAGUUGACUGCUCAGCAACAGCAGCAAAUGCUUCAGCAGCAGCAGCAGCAGCAGAUGAUGCAACAGACCAGCCAAGCAUUGCCAACUCAGCAGCAGCAGCAACAGUUGCAGUUGCAGCAGCAACAGCAACAGCAACAGCAGCAACUCCAACAGCAACAACAGCAACAGUUCCAGCAGGAGCAUAUUCGUCAACAGCAACUCCAGCAGCACCAGGCUAUGCUUCAGCAGCGGCAGCAGGAGCAGUUGGCGCAGCAACAGUUGACUCUGCAACAGCAUCAACAACAGCAGCUUCGCUUACAGCAGCAAGGCCAAGGAGUCCUUCAGCCCCAGGCGCAACUAGGUCAGCCUGUUAUCAACAAUCCCACCUUGCUGAUGCAGCAGUUGAUGAUGGAGCAUCAGCGGGUUCGCCAGGCACAGGGUGGUCAGUUGACUCCACAGCAGAAUCAGAUGUACAAUGCACGUCACCAGGAGCUUCAGCGUCAGAUGGUUGCCUUCAAUCAGCAACAACAGCAACAGCUCCAAUUGCAGCAACAGCAACAGCAGCUCCAACAACAACAGCAGCAGCAACAGCAGCUCCAACAGCAGCAGCAGAUGCAGUUGCAGCAACAACAACAGCAGCAACAGGCUCCUCAACUUCAGUCACCCCAACAGGCGAAUCAAAUGCACCCUAUGGGAAUUUCGGCCGGCGGAGCGACUCCUCUGCAGAGCAAUGUUCAACCUCUGGGCAACCUCAACAACGCGGCCUCAAUUAUUGGAUCUCCACUGGCCAUGCAGAGGACAGUAUCCAACGGAGCUUUGGCCGCCAAUGCCAAUGUCAAUGGCGUGGCUCCUCCAGGCACGCCGACACUCUCGCAGGCCCAGUUACAACAACAUCAGCAGCAGCAGCAGCAGCAGCAGCAGCAACAACAGCAACAGCUGCAACAGCAGCAACGAAUGGCAGCUCUCAGCAAUCAGCAGCGUCAGCAGCAGCAGCAAGUUCUGUUGCAGCAGCAGAUGCAGCAACGUAUCCAACAGCAGCAACAGAUGAAGCUUCACCAGGCGGCACUCGGUCAGGCGCAACAGCAGUCUCCUUCGCUGGCUGCCAACACGAUUGCCAACGGCAUUCCAGGCGCUCAGGAUGCCACCAGUAUGGCCAACCCAGCUCAGGGUGGUACCCCUGCUAUGAGCAAUGUCAACGCUGCCGCAAAUGCAGCAGCAGCGGCGGCGGCAGCUGGAAUGUUGUCGCCCAAUAUAAACCCUGCUAUGGCUUCCAGUCCCCUUCAAGCUCCUGUCGGUCAGAACCCUGCCCAGCGUCAACAGGAGAGUUUGAAGUUGAUUCUCAACCAGUUUCAGAAGAACCAGCAGUUGGCGGCAGCAGGACGAGCCAAUGGCGCCAAUCCGGGCACAGCAGCCAUCGCCAUCCUUGCUUCCCAACUGGCAAGCAUUGGAAUGUUCUCAGCUCAGCAGCUCUCGCCCCAGCUUCAGCAAAUUCUUGCAGUCGCCAACAUCUCUAUGGCUCAGUUCCAACAGGUCAAGAACUUUCAUCAACAGCGAAUGCAACAGAUGCAGAACCAAGCCCUCCAGACCCAGCAAGCCCAGCAAGCCCAGCAGCAGCAAACUCAACAACAGCAACAACAACAACAGCUACAGCAACAACAACAGCAACAACAACAACAACAGCAAGUUCAACAAGCGCCAUUGCAGCAGAAUCAGCAAGUGCAACAAAACCAGCAACAACAGCAACAGAACCCGCUUCAAAGCCCCGUCCCUCAGAAUGGUACUAUCUCUACCCCUGUUAUGAGGGCAGCCUCAAUCGCAGCUGGAGGAGCAGCUGGCUCACCCAAGCCUGGUGCCAUGCAGCCACCGCCUUUCGCAUCGCCUAUCCAAGCGCCCGCCAAUGUUAAUGUCACUGCAACGCCGACGUCCAUUGGUGUUAGCAUGAACUCACCCAUGGGAGCACAUCUCUUGGCCGGACAGGCUGCCCUGGCGGCAGCAGCGGCCGCAGGAGGAAGCACGAGUCAACCCGGUGGAGGUGGAACGAAUGUUACAGUCACCGCUAAUGCCAUGCCUGCAGGAUCCCCUACUGUAGGCGCCGCAGGGGUUGUCGGAGCUGUCGGAGCAGCUGAUCCCAGCAAUGCUACCGCGAAUGUCAACGCUAUCGCCAAUGCCAAUGCCAACACCAACACCAACAACGCCAAUAACACCAACACUAAUAAUGCUGGCGCGAACCCCGGUGUAGCCAACACGGCUGGCGCAGCCAAUACCAAUGUCAACGCUGGCGCUGGCACGGGCACGGGCAACUCGGACAUGACGGCCAGCAACAUGUCGAUUCCGCAGCAGAAUGCCGUCCAGGCGUUCAUCGCGAUGCAGCAGCAGCUCCAAGGUCUCCGCCUCCGUCUUAACAAGGCCACACAGCAUUACCAGCAGCGUCUCCAGCAGUUUGGUCUCAUCAUGCAGAACCCCGCUGAAGGAGUCAACCUGGAGAAUGUCCAGAAGCAACGCCAGGUCCUUGCCAACCAGUUUCGUCAGCAGACGAUGGUACUUCAGCAGCAGAUAACCAUCUUGCACACUAGUCACCAACAGAAUAUGGAGGCACUUGGCGCUGCCGGCGUUACAACGGACAUGAUCAAGGAGUUGAUGACACGACAGCCAUCCAUCUUGACCCAGCAGGCGAUCUUGGUGGCUGAGCAGACGGCCCAACAGGCGCAGGCGCAAGCGGCUCAGCAGGUUGGGCAGCAACUGGCGGCGAUGCGGAAUGCCAGCAACCCCAACGCAGUCGCCGGAAACACUGGUGUCAAUCCUGCCGCGGGCGUAAAUCCAGCCUUGGCAAACGGCGCCGGUCUGCUCAACAACAACGCGGCGACAAUGAACCUCAGCUUACCCGGGGGUGUCAACAUGGGUAUGGGGCGUGGCCGAGGAAUGGUGCCUCCCAACGCUGUCGGUCAAGGUGGUAUUGGAGGUGUGAACCUUGCUGGCGGUCUGGGUCGAGGAAAUAUGAUGACCGGUGUUCCUGGUGUGGUAGGCAUGGCUGGAACUGGUGGUCUUGGACGAGGCAUGACAACGCAGGGCAUCAUAGGCCAGACGGCUGUCAGCGGAGUCGGCGGUCAGAUGAUUAAUGGACCGUUGAACGCAGCAGUUUCGGGAGUGGCGAACGCUGUCGGUACGGGCCCGGCGGUUGGCGCUUCUGGAGUCAACAUGAAUGCGGUGAUUGCCAAUGGUGCCGGAGGAGCCGGAGUCACAUCUGCCAGUGGCGCGACGGCAACAAGUGUUGCGGCGGGACUGUCCAAUAUGCUUGGUAUUCCUGGUAUCUCGAUGGUGAUUUCACCGACGACUGGGCAACAGGUGCUUUUGUUACCCAACGGUCAGACCAUCACGCCCCAACAGUUCCAGCAGUACCGACUUCAACAGCAAAACGCGACAUUGGCGCAACAGCAGCAACAACAGCAACAGCAACAGCAGCAGCAACAGAUGCUGCAAAUGCAGAUGCAACAGAUGCAACAGCAACAGCAACAGCAACAACAGCAACAGCAACAACAACAACAACAACAACAGCAGCAACAACAGCAACAGCAUCAACAACAACAGCAGUCAGGACAAGGAGUCAAUACUGGGAAUGUUGCUAACGCUGGCGGUGCAGGUGGUGCGGUCGGUCCUCAAUUGCAGUCGCCUGUCCUGCAGUCUCCCCGCUUGCAGUCACCAAGGAUGGCAAUCCAGUCUCCACGUCAGCAGAACCCUCAGUUGACGCAGCAACAGCAGCAGCAGAACAUGAUGCAGAGCCCUCAGAUGCAAGCGCAGCAUUUGAUGAUGAUGCAGAUGCAGCAUCUGCAGGCACAGCAACAUGCGCUCCAGCAAGCCCAGGUCCAACAACAGCUACAACAACAACAGCAGGCGCAGCAGCAGCAGCAACACAACCUGCAGUCGACGUCGGCAUUGAUGGCGCAGGCACAGGCGCAGGCUCAAGCACAGGCACAGGCACAAGCAGCUCAAGCGGCAUCGAAUGCUGGAGGCGAUCCUAAUGCAGGAGGUGGUGUUGAUGGUAAUAGUGCGGAUCCUAAUAGUGGCGGAGGCCCUGCCUAA